GCGUUUGAGGCAAACUCGUCCACGAGGAGCGUAGAUCCUCUAUACUGUCUCUAAUAUUAUCUAAAUAACCACGGUACCGAAAAAGUGAACGAGUGAGAGCUUCUUACUUCCUCCCUCCCUGUCGCCGAGGUUGUGGUUUGUAGUGUAUGGUAUACACGCUGCACCACAUGUGUUAUUGUUUUGUUAAGGCAAUUUGUAAUUAAUUGUAAUAAACUACAGUGGCAUGGGGAAGAAUAAGAAGAACAAAACCAAAGAGUUGGGUACACAGGCGGGCAAGGCCGGACAACAUUCAAGUGAUAAAAAGCUCAAACGAGAUGGUAAACCCAAGAAAGCCAAACAAGACCACCUCGAACACAUCCCCUUUAAACUCCGAGAGAUAAUGAAGAGCAAGGAGAGAAUGAAAACUGGACCCUUGAACACCAAAAAGCUUAAAGAGGCCAUCUCCCCUAAAGGUAAACCAGACGAUUCCGAAAGUGGAGACAUACCUGUCCCACAUUUCAGGAGGGGAAAGGCGGAAAGUGAGAAAGCAUACCUACGGCGCAUGGAGAAUGAGACAAAACACGUCCUCUUUCUCACAAAGAACCAAGUAGACAGAAAGCCUGAGCUGGAUGCAGACAAACAAGAGAGGCCCGCAGACACGGGCAAGUCUGAGAAAAAGAAGGAGCAUGAUAAAGUCAGAUUACAGAGGCUACAUCAGAAAAAGUUGGACAGACAAGAGGACAAGAUGGAAAAAGAGAGGUUUGUAGAUUAUGUUCCCUUUGGUGAAGUUGCAAUGGCCCCGCCGUCUUUCAGCGCCAAACCCAAGAAAGCUCCAGUCAGAUCUCAGAAGGCAUCAAAGGAGCUGCUUCUCAACUCUCUCUUAGGCCACACGGUGAUCUCCACAGCCAAGCCCUCCAUGGCCAGACAGAGAAUCAUGGAGGAAGAGAGGGAGCGAGCAGUGGAGGCCUACCGCCUUCUUAAGAAACAGAAACAACAGCAGCAUGAGGCCAGGGCUGCUAAUCUGGAAAAACUUAGGAACCCUCAGUGAUGUUUUAUUUGUAAUUUAGAAGUCCCUGACUUCAGUCAGCAGUGAAGCACAGAAACUGAAACAAUGAAAGAUAACCAUCAGCAGACUGUAAUGUACUGUAUGUGUGAUGGAACUGGAACUGCCAGUGUGGGACCUUACCACAGCGUAGCUAACUGUCAGGGAAAUAAGUAAACAUUUGAAUCUGCUGCCCACAGUAUGAGGUAAGUAGUGAUCAACAUUCACCUGCCACUUUCACUGUCAAAUAUUUAGCUCCAAAGAGAACAGGACAUUCAAAUUGUUAAUGCACGUUUAAAUGCCUUAUUAAGACAGAUUCACCCCUAACUACGUACAUUGAGACAGGUUGAUUUCUCGCCCUCAAACUGUGUCAGAUGUUCACUCGCAGCCAUGGUGUUUGGUUGUAUUUACACUGUUUUUGUAUUUGCGUAUUUAGAUAGUCACUAUGACGUCAUUUGUGAUGUGGUAGACAAUAAAAUCAUAAAGGCUAUGUCAAGGCAAAGAUAAACCUUCAAUUAUUUGCUGUUGUCCCACUAGAUGGCAGUCCUCCUGCAGAAAGCUGCUUUCAUGUUUGUAUGGAGAGCAGAACAUGCACACUGAAUUGUUUUGGACUUUAAAAAAACAAAAAAAAAGAGUAAAUCUGUUUUUGAUGGCA